AUGAAAGUGGUAAAAGAAAACACAGUGAUAAAAUGCAUACAUGGGGUUAGAAAAGACCAUAUUGGGUACGGAGCAAUUACAAGAGACGGAAUUGGUUGUUAUUGUUGUGGUGAAGUGUUUUCGGUUGCUAGUUUUCCUCGACAUAGAGGUGAUAUUUUCGUUGAUAAACCUUAUGAGAAUCUGUUUAUUGAAGAAACGAAGGUUUCGUUGUUGAGUUGUCAAAUUGAGGCAUGGAAUAGGCAUUCUGUUCCUGCUAGAAGUGGGUACCACCAUGUUGUGAGACGGCCUAGGGUUAAAGAUAAUUCGGAUGAUUCUUGUGUUAUUUGUGCUGAUGGUGGUGAUUUGAUUUGUUGUGAUAAUUGUCCUUCUACUUAUCACCUUAAAUGUUUGGGGUUUAAGGGUGUUCCUGAAGACGAGUGGCUUUGUCCUUAUUGCCGUUGUAAAUAUUGUGAUCGGGAUACUGUAAAGGAUGUUCUCUUGACUUGCUUUCAAUGCUUGAAAAAAUAUCAUGGGCAGUGCUCAAACAAGUUCGAUAAAAUACCCUCGAGGCCUCAACCACUCACUAUCCCCUUCUGUGGGAACGGCUGCUGGCAGGUGUACCAAAAACUAGAGAACAUGUUGGGAAGAAACAUGCCAACCAGAGACGGAUAUUCAUGGACAUUAAUCAGAAAGAUGGACUUAGACUCUGUAGGACAAAACUCUGAGGAUUUGUAUUUGAAAGCAACCUGCAAUUCUACCAUUGUUUUAGCAGCUAAACUGAUGGAGGAAAGCUUUAAGCUCAUUGUUGACAGACAAACUAGGACAAACAUGAUCCAAAGUGUCAUCUACAAUUGUGGGAUGAAUUUCAGCAGGUUUUAUACUGCCAUUCUGCAGUUUCAAGGGAAGAUUAUUUCAGUGGCAUCACUAAGACUUCCGUCUCCAGAGCUAACAGAAAUACCCUUCAUAGCAACAACAGAGGGGCAGAGAAGCAAAGGAAUGUGCAAGAUGCUGCUGGGAGCCCUUGAAAUAGCCUUAAUCAAAAUUGGGGUGGAAUCUAUUGUAAUACCAUCUUCUGAAGAGAUGGAAGAGAAUUGGCAAAAGAAAUUCGGUUUUGAACCUCUAGAUGAAGCAAUGAACAGAAAAUUAACUAACUUAAACACCUUAAUGUUUCCCAAAACAAUAAGGUUACAGAAGGUGAUUAAGCACGUAAAGAAAAUGAUGCUGCAUCAUGACUUGAAUUUGGGUCUAGUUGAAGAAAAAAGAUAUAGUAAACUAUUGCGGCUCUGCAUUAGUCUUUUUCAGGAAACUUCCCUCAUGUUUCCGGGUAAUCGGGAAGCAGAAGCACUAAUUCGUGUUUCCAGCAGGGUUAGCAACAUGCAUGCUGCACAAAUGAUGAAUAAUGAAUGA